AUGUCAGUCUUCAUAGUUGAUAACGAAUUAACCAGUUCAAUCAAAGAACUUGGAGAAAUAUUUGAUCAAGUUCAAGAAACUGAACAAUUCACUACCACAUUAAGUAAAUAUAUUGAUGAAACCAAUGAAAUUACCCAAAAAGAUGCAUUAAUCAAAGAAAUUUAUAACAUUUCUAAAACUGAAAACCUUAUAAAAUUAAACGAUAAAGAUUUUGAAUCAACCUUUAACUUAAUAAUCUAUAUUUUAGUUGAAUUACAAGGUGACAUUGAAAAACUUUUCCAAAAUGAUGAAUUAUUAAACAAUUUAAUACAAUCAAAUCCAAAAGAAACCAUAUCAUUAAGAGAUAAAAAAUCAAUUAAAUCUACCAGUAUAUUAUCUGAAUUAACAUUAAUAUUCAAUUUAUUAGAUGAAAGUAGUGAAACUAGAAUCAAAAUCAUCAAAGCCAUAUUGAAUUUCUUUAAAUCAAAUAAUUUAGAAUUUAAAAUCAUUGAAAAAUCCUUCACAUUAAAUUUAAAUAAUUGGUUAAGCAAAAUUAAUAAUAUCAAACAAGAAGAUAUCAAAUCAAUCUUCUGGGAAUUCAUAUUAUUAGAUAACAAUCAUUCAUUAAAUUCUUUAAAAUUAAUCAAAGAAUUUACUAAAGAUUAUGAAGUAACCAAAGAUGAAUUAUUAACAUUAAUCAAAUUUUCAUUGAAUAGUAAAACUAUCGAUUUAUCAUUCAUGAUAAACACCAACAUCUCCCAAAGUUUAGCUGCUAAUAAAUCCGAUUCUUUAGUUGAAUUAUUUAUUAAAUAUUUAAAUGGAGAAUUAAUUCAAAGUUCAGAAUUCCCAUUAAUUGAAUCAAAAUCAAAAAUUUUAUCAUUAUGUAAAUUUUUUGAUAAUUCUGGUAAAUUUGUUUUCAAAUUUGAUGAAAUUCCUGCUGCAAAGAAUGAAUUAGAAAUCUUAAUCAUUAAUUCUAUCAAGAAUAAUUUAAUUGAAGGUAAAUUAGAUCAAUUAAAUGAAACUUUCAAAUUAAUAAGAGUUAAUAAAUCAGUCUUACCUUAUGAUAAUUCAUCCAUUGAAAACAAUUUACUUAAUGUGAAGAAAAAUUUAACUAUUUGGAGAGAUUCUUUGAUUAAUGUCGAUAAAGUUGUUCAAAACUUUAGAGAAAAUACUAAAUAG